AUGUCAAAUUACCAUUUCUCAUCAAAAAACAACAAUGAAACAACAAAUGAAGAAUCAAAUGAAGAGAAUGAAGGUUUAUUAGAAAUGGAAAGAAAAAUAAUUAAAAGAGGUAGAAACAUGAUUAUCAGUAAAAUUUCUGAUGAUGACUCUCAUAUGUCAGAAGUAAAUACUCCAAGUGAUGAGCCCGAAUUUAAACGCUUAAAGAGUGAUCGACUUGUUCGAGAAGAAGUAGCAGAAGAAUGUGAGGAUGAAAUUCCCGAAAUUCCUGACGAAGACGAGAUAAUCGAUGACCAAAUCUUAGAAUCCGAAUCGGAAAGCAGAGAAACUUCAUUGGAUUCAAAUUUUUCAAUACGAAUGAAAAUGAUUGAAGAAGAUAAUGCAAUUAAAACUAAAGAUUUACCAGAAAGAAUGCUCCUUCGACCUAAUAUAAUUACAGAUAGAAAAUUAACAGACGAAGAGGUUACGGAAGCUACAAAAAUCAUUUCCGAUAAUUUUUCGGAAUAUUAUGGUCGUCAUAGAUCUUCGAAAUUACAAGCAGCAAUUAAUAAAGUAUUAAAAUGUCUAAGUCAAGAAUUUUUAGAGGUUCCAUAUAUUUAUUCAUAUCGACGUUAUUACAUUGCGGAUUUUCAUAAAGAUUUUUCAAUAUCUCGUGAAAUUCUUAAUCCGGAGGCAGCAAUCAAAGAUCCAAGUACACAUCAACAUUUAAAAGAAUAUUCAUUUUAUAUUGAAUGUUUAAGUAAAGGAACACAUGAAUUGGUUAAAUAUAUGGGUGUUGAUGUAGAAUUAUUUAGUAGAAGUUUGGUGGAAGAAAAUCCUAAACUUUAUCAAGUUACCGAAUCCGAAUUUGGUCCAUCAAUUGCAAAAGAAUUUUCUGAAAUUAAUCCCAAGGAAGCUUUAGCGACUGCAACAAAACUACUUUCGCUAGAUAUUGCAUUUGAUCCAUUGUUUAGAAAAUAUGUUCGUCAAAAUUUUAUCAAACGCAGUGUGAUCAUAGUAAAUCCUUUACAAGAAAUUGACGAAUCAGAUCCUUGUUGGCAAUUCCGAUGUUCAAGAAGGCACAUUAAAAAAUUUAGAAAUACUGGAAUAUUUGCUGAGAUGAUGUCAGCAGAGAAGAAAGGUCAAAUUGAAAUAAAGGUCAUUUUGGAAAAUGAGUACAGAUUUUUCGAAACCUUGAAAAAAAGGAUUAUAAAUAAUUCAUCCGAAUCGAAUAAUAAUAAUAAUUGUUCAUGGAAUAAAUAUCGUAUUAGUGCUAUUAAACAAGCAUUUAAUAAUGAAUUACGUCCUAUCAUGGAAUCCUGGAUUAAGUCACGUCUUAAUAAAUUCGCUGAACGUUGGAUAAUGACAAAGACUAUGGAAAACUUUGAAAAUAAAUUAAACGUCUGUCAUUUUCGAACUUCUAAAAUGAGUAGAAACGAAAUUUCACGAGUUGCUGCUUUAUCGUGGGGUUCCGGAAUUAAUUGUGAUACGGAAUGCGUUUUCCUUGAUGAGAAUUGUAAUCUUGCGGAUUACUUGAGUUUUAAUAAUUUAAGGGAUAAUAGGGAUAUGGAGGAAUUUUAUAAAGUCAUUCAAUUCAUUCGUAAAAAUAAACCACACGUAAUUGUGAUACGUUGUUUUGAUGGACGAACUAGGUAUUUGUUAGAAAUUGUACAAGAAGUGGUGGAUUAUUAUAAAUUACAAGGUGGAGAUCAUAUCCCGGUUAUAGCAAUUAACAAUGAAGUUGCGAAAUUAUAUAUGUCAUCACCAAGAGCCAAGAAAGAAUUUCCUAAUCAUAAUGAUCUAACAAGAUAUUGUAUAUCAUUGGCUCGGAUGUUACAGAAUCCAAUUGGUGAAUAUGCUGUUUUAGAAGAAAGCGUAGCAUCCAUUAUACAUCAUCCGCUGCAAUCUUUGUUAUCACAUGAAAAACUUAUUGAAUGUUUGCAACGUGGAUUUAUAAAUAUUAUUAAUGAAAUUGGAGUUGACUUUAAUCAAGAAAUGAAUAAAGAAAACAAAAUAGAUCUUCUACAGUAUGUAAGUGGAUUAGGUCCUCAUAAAGUUGAUGAUUUAAUUGGAAAGAUUUUGACUAAUGGUAAAAAAGAAUUAGAGAAGAGAGAUCAUAUACUAAAAAAUUAUUCGAUGGGAAAUGUCGUAUAUACAAAUUGUGCUGGUUUCAUUCGAGUUCAAUCAUAUCGAUGUGGUCCAUUUGAUAAUACCAGAAUUCAUCCUAGAUAUUAUGCAUUAGCCAGUAAAAUGGUUCGUGAUUCAUUCGAUUUAGAUGAAGAAGGUGAUGGAGUAAUAAAUGACAGUUGUUUAAAAUUAUGGACCAGACGAUUAACCUCGGAACCGGAAAAAAUUAAUGAUCUGGUGUUAGAUGAUUAUGCGAAAAGGCUCUCAAAAUAUCAUCGGUUUACUUCUAACCUUAUUAUGCAUAACAUUAAAAUGGAAUUGGUGAGACCUUACGCUGAUCCGAGAAGAAAUUUCGAAAUCCUUUCUCCGGAACAAGUGUUUGAAAUGGAAAUGGAAGAAACUUAUGAAAUGUUAAAUACGGAAUUAAGAGAUGCGUUAACAUUUAAUAAUAAUAAUAAACACGGUAUUACAGUUCGUGAAUCAUCAAUACAAUCGAUCCAAAAUCUUGCAAAUAAGAGUAUAGGUUCCUAUGUUGUUAGACCAUCAUCCAAAGGUUAUGGCUUUAUUUCAAUUACUUGGAAAAUAUAUUCAAACAUAUUUCAACAUGUUGAUAUUGUUGAAAAAGAAAAAUAUGGAGACUCAAUUGGGAAAAAAUUGGAAGUUGAAGGUGGUAAAUAUGUAUAUUCCGAUUUAAAAGAACUUCUCAAGGAAUACAUAGAACAAAAGGUCCAAACGGCUUUGGAUUUAAUGAUUCACAAAAGAUUUUUUCCUUCCGAAGAAGAUUCAAGAAGUAUCAGGCCAGAAGGUUACAAGUUUAGUGGAUCUGUAUAUCCAACAUUAAGUCAUUUGGUAAAGGCAAUCAAGAAUUUAAUCGGUUAUAAAAGAAAGCCAUUAACCGCCAAGUCUUACCUUUCCUUUUUUGCUUCUGAAGAAUAA